GAUACUUAGUUCAGUUACUAGGCAACCAGUUGAAAACACAAACGAGGCUCUUGUGGGCAAGGCUAUAGUGGGGGAAGAAAUCCAUCUAUAAACACCAAUAUAAUAAAUGUUAAUAAAAAUGCCCGCCACGUCUGUCUCAGAGGACACCGAGCCCCCUACCCAUGAUGAAAUUUCGGAGCUCCAAAGAAAAAUUCAUCUUCUGAAUGGAGACUAUUCGAUAGCGCAUAUCGAAAACUCUCAGUCUGCCAAGAACAUAGAAACUAUCCUGCAGCUGAGACUUGGGAAUGCAAACCUGCACAAGAAACAGCAUGAGGGAGAUGAACAAGUUAUCAAGGAUGUUUUUCAAGGCCAUGGGAUGGAGAAAGAAUCUUUCAGGAACAUGUCUGUGAAGGUAGCUCAGACGGUGCUGAAGAAGCAGGUGUGUGAUAAAAUGAAGAAGCAGAAUGCUAUGAAACACACCACUCAGACACAGAAGCAGCAUUUAGAGGACUUGAAGUUCCUGAUAUUUAAGCCACAGAGCAGUAGUCCUUUGCCUGACACCCAGAAAGGAGAGGAGGAAAAGAAACUGCGAUUUCUGGAAAACAGUUUGGAGAAAUCAGAAAUCCAUGAAGCAGUGCACAUAACGCGAGGAUACAGCAAGCUGAAGGAGCACCUACAGGAAGAGAGUCUUACAUUUCAACCUCAGCUGGACAAGAUGGAGACAGAGGUCUAUUGGCAGACACAAGUGCUCAGAGACCUACAGGUCAUGAACAACAACGUUCUCCUGUUCAAGGAUGCAGCCAAGGCUGAGCUGCAACUUCAGGAGGAGCAGGUGUACCGAGAGCGCAGAGAAAGAGAGAAAAUCCUCUCCCGCUACAAAAAGCAGGCGGAGGAGAGGAUGGCUCAGGCAGAGAGGAUGAAGAGAAGACCCCAGUGGGUGUCCGUGAACCCUGAUGAGCUGAGCAGUGAGGCCCCGCGCACUCCCACCACAGUAGGAGAGGAAGAAGAAGAAUCCAUCUCUACUUUUGAAGAAGCUUUCCAGCACGCCAAAGAGGCCACUGGAGUCACAGACUCACAGGAAAUAGUGGACAGGUUUAUCUCUCAGGGAGAGACACAGGAACAUUUGGAGAAGAUGAAGGCUGAAAAUGAGAGAAUGCUGCUUGAACUGAAGGAAGAAAGGAGUAUGUCACAGACUCAGUGUCAGGAUGUAAAAUACUCACGAGAAACUGAAUUCUCAAGUGUCCGACAGAUCCUGCAGGACUGUGAGCAUGACUUGCAGCAGGAGCAGCAGCAUUGUGAUGCAGCUAAAGAUGGCCUGGAGAGACUCUCACAUACACUAAACACUGUCAAAGCAGGAGUGCAGCAGCUCAGUGACAAACUACAGCCCAUACCCCUGAUGAAGGAUCCAUCACCACAGCUGCCUUUAGACUCAGAAGAACACAUGCUGCAGCUGAUGUCUGAGGCUGACCAGAAACUGAUGCUGCUAAAGGAGGAACUACAGGGCAAAGAUCUGGCAACCAUCGUGAAGGAGCUGGAGGAAGAAGAGUUCCAUGCCAGAAUAGCAGGGAAACUACCACAGUACAACACUCGCAUUCAGCUACCUGAGACCCAGAAACAGGACUUUUUUGAUGAUGAGGAGGACAGCGGCGUCGAUGACGGUGAUGUCACCAACCAUGUCACACUGAAGCACCAGUCACAGUCAAUCAUUGACGCAAACACCAGGAGGAAGACUCGCAUCAAAAAGAGGAAAGGCCAACUCUGAUCUGAUCCAGUAAAAGGAAGAGAGACCAAUUUUAAAACAUGAUCAGCUGUAGCAACACACUUCCUGGAAGCUUUAUCUCCAUUCGUCUGCACAUUCAUGUUUAAGAAAAUAAAUGAAUUAUGGAGCUGAUGUAGUUUGAUUUCAAUAAAUGUAUUAAGC